AUGCAAUGGGCUGACCUCCGAGGGCUGCGCAGCUCGACCCUCAGAGUUGCCCGGAUGACCACAAUCGCAGCCCGACGACGGCUCACGCUGUUACAACAGCUGCCGUUUCCACAGACGCCAGCACCUACACUCCGACGUUUCUUUCGCGCAGACAACGGCCCUGGCAAACGACUCUUCUCGACCCAGCCCCAGCACAGCUCACCCGACGAUAAAUGGGGCAAGAAGAAACCGUCACGGAGAGAGGAGCCUAAGGCAAAGCCGCCUUCGCUUUUCGAGGAGCUAUUCCCCAACGAUGACAUUUACUCUCAUCCGAGUCGUCAGGCCAGCGAACAGGACGAUGGAGAAGGCAAGGGCAAGGUCAAGGUCCGGUUCCUGACCUCCACCGACCCGGAAAAGUCCGAGGCGACAGAGUACAGACUAAGGCAACUGGAGCGCAAGAACAAAUCCAGCAAGACAGGAGGCGAGGCGGCCGGCAAGAUUGCAGACUUUUUCGAGUUGAGCGCGCGUGAAAAGAAGAAAAAGGACAGGGCCGCCGAUGGAGAGAGCUCCUCCAUCUUCAACGAGCUCUUCUCGUCCCCGGGAUCGGGAGAAGCAGAGUCGGCGGCGGAAGCAGUGCUGGGCAAAGGUGGCGUCGAGGCCUUGUUGAGGAAAUCUCAGGCCGGCCAGAACUCAUCCGAAGAGCGAUCUGUAGAUCACAACGAUCUCCAAUCCUGGCUCGACUCUCUUCCGAAAGACGACGCCGCCGCCGACACCGCCUCCUCAGAAGCAGCAUCCCCAGAGGAGGCGGCAGCGGCCAAGGCCGAGCACUCCGCCAUGCUCAUCCUCUCCAACGCCAGCCCGAAUCUCAUGGAGUCCGACUUCUACCGCAUCGGCCCCCAGGGCCAGCACCUCGACGGUUGGAGCGCCUCCAUCACCAAGGUCAUGCAGGCCUACGACUACAGCACCCUGGCACCCAUGGACCGCUACUUCAUCCUCUUUGACUCCCACGCCGCGGCAGCAGCGUACCAGCGCGAAGCGCAACGCCUCCACGCCCUCGCCGGCCGCGCCCUCGCGUCCCCCGCCGCCGGCCUGACGCCCGCAGAAACCUCUUCCGCAUCCUCCCAAACAUCAGUCUUUAGCCUCGCACCCCCCUCCAAGACGCCCCUAAACCUCCACCUCUACAAACUCAACCGCGCUACCGAGGCCCGCCUCGAGACUUUCAGCAUCCAAGGCCUCCUCAGCAUGACCCCCGAACCGCCCCCGCGCGCAAACGCCCACGUUGUCCUCUCCCUCGACGGCGGCACCCUCGACCAGCGCAGCCUCUCCCACUGGAUCCGCCGUGACGCCCGCGACCGCAACCUGGGCUGGCCGGUGCAGCACCUGCGUCCGUACUUUGCGCCCAAGGUGCACCAAAGAACCGCGACGAAGGCGGAAAAGCUUACGGAGACCGGGGAGGGCCUCGUCUACGACGAAGACGAUGCGGCUCCGGCGGUGACGGAGGGCGACUCGGGACGGAGAGGCACCACCCCCGACGCGCUGGACGAAACGGCCCCGUCCGGCCGGUUCGUGGUGUCGUUCCCGGACGUGCACGAAGCGAGGCGCUUCGUUCGCGCGUGGCACAAAAAGGAGCUUAUCCUGACGAAUGAUCAGAGCGUAAUCGUAAACACGCACGUAGUGUGGUAA